CCUUGACCAACAACCAUGUCAAAACGAAGAAACUCCACUGACUGUGUCCACGGACAAAACAAGCGACAAGCGACCAACUCAGACACUACUCCAAGACAUUUCGAAGGAUUCUAUACUCCAAAUGACACCAGUAUUGAAGCUUUCUCAUCCUGCGUACAACAAAUCGAAAACAGGGACUUUCAUAACGCGAUCGAGUCAGCUACCGUAAACUUUACAAACAUGUUCACCAACGCAAUCGCAUUACUUAAUUUUCGCGCAGCAGCCUAUGGAUCGACAAUUCAAAUUGACAAAGGUUUCGAGGAUGCGCAAAAACUAAUGGUCUAUGCGCCAACCUUAGCCGUUGGCUAUUUGCGCGCAGGCUCGCUCUACUCUCUCAGAAGCCAGUACAAAGCUGCAAUGACCGUAUAUCGGCAAGGAAUCGACGCUUUAUCCGGCGAGCAAUUCGAAGCAGAACGUGCCAUGAUGCAAGACAAAUACGAUGCGGCAAGUGCGAAACUUGACCAACGCUCUGACUUUACCACACGUAUACCGUGCGAUCUAAUAUAUCACAUCAUGGAGUAUUUGCCUCAAGAAACUUUGGCUCAAGGAUCAAGUGUGUCUCGUACUUGGCGCAACUACAUAGCCGCGAACCGAAAACCGUGGAUGAACGUAUGUCUCCUCGGGAACGAGAUAAGACAGGUGGCCGCUGCUCUACCUCACGUCAGCCACCAUGUACAGAUUAUGAGUUUACUCCAGUUGUCAAGUGACCAGAGCGACCAGGUCUUUCUAAAUAUCAUGGAUGGCGAUUAUACAAAGCUCGAUACAUUACGACUUUACCAUUGCCAUUUUAAAGACCAUUUUCGAACUAUGAUCGCCUUAUCACAAGUCAGAAAUACCCUGAAAGAACUACAGUUUGUCACGCUCGCUCCUACUGUACCUGUGCUGCCGCUUGGGGUAGUUCUUUCAACAUGCAAGAACCUGACAAAGCUCGUUUGCCAUCAACAUCAAAUCGUUUUUAAAGCAGAAGCACUCGGCGGCAUUCCAUCGAUGCCUGUCAACAAGCUGGUUGAUCUGCAAUUACACUUUAAUAUGAUGGGCAUCACUCUGUUGGAAAAAAUACUGCAUUGCUGCCCAAAUGUGCAUCACUUGGACGUCAAUUACUGCGACACGUCGAUUAUCAAUAUCAUCAGGACAGCAUACCCGUCAUUGUACAGUCUGGCGAUUAACGAUUCUAAAGACGCUGCGUACGGAAUCGCGCAAAAGGCACCAUCAACACAGCUCUCUAAUGACAAAGACGACCAGCCAAGUGGUGUGCAUUAUCUGGUCCUUAACCUAAACAGUGAGAGGACUGUAAAUGAUGGACCGGUGCAUUUACUAUCCGACAAUGCUUCCACACUAGAGGCGCUGGAUUUUACCUUCCCAAAAGUAUCAGGUGCAGCGGUUCAAGGACAUGAAACUAUACUGGCACGAUGGGACCCACUUUUCGCCAAUAAUAUUUCAUUUGGCAACUUACGCAGCUUGACGAUUUCUUUCGGCCCUUUGUUAACCGGUACGGUUACCGCCAUACUGUUACGAUCUCCAGUGUUGGAAACGCUAGAAUUCAACAGCUGCAGUUUUUUGGACAUUACCAUAUUCCAAACUGUGCCUCAAUUGGAGUGUAUAGAAGAAUUGGCGAUUUGCGACGUAUCAGGACUUAUCGAAGACGGAAUGAUUUCUAUGUUUCGCGCGUUUGCACAAAAAGAAGAUAUGUGCAGUCUACAGUUGGUCAAGUUGGCUGACAACAACUGGGAAAUCAAUCAAGCGAUAUUGGAAUCUCUUGCUUCCGUCAGAUUGCUUGAAACUAUCUAUCUCGACAGCUUGGUUAUCCAUCCAACAAUCUUUGAAGCGUUUGCUAGAGCUCUUGCAGAUGAUCAAGAUCCUUCCUGCAUCCAAACCAUGUCCUUGUACAAUAUUGAUGAUAUUGGCGAUGAAGCUCUUCGGUAUAUCAGCAAAAUUCAAAGCUUGAGAGACCUCUGUUUGAUGGGCUUGCCAAAUAUCACGGAUGGUGGGUUGAAAUACAUAAGAUCCAACAAAAGCAUUGAUCUUGAACUACCAUAAAUACCGUGCAGGAGUGAUAAUUUGACGUACACAAAACGAAUAAACCAUAUGUAUCAUUCAACAGAAGAAGCAUCUAAAUCAACAAAGUUUGAAGCAAUCUAUUAGAUAUAAUGCUAUCUCUUUUUUUUAUUAUAUAUAUCUAAAAAAAAACUUCUAUGCAUUAUGUCUGAUUGAGAACUGAAGGAACUCAUACAAAUCUACAUGACAGUGAUAGUAUACCCCUUCCUAUAGAAUUAUGUUACUGUACUGUAGAUCUAUGUAGAAUACGAAAAUGAAUGAAAAUAUGCAAUGGCAAUUCAUUAAACAUGAUUUUAUGCAGCAG